ACAUCAUUAGAAAGGACAAUCGCAAAACCUUAACAAAUAAUCCUAGAGUAAUAUAAGAAAGACUCUUCUUUAAGUCAAUACUAUUAUAAUACAUAAUCUAAAUCUAAUACUUCUUAUAAUUAUAGUAUUUAAACCUACAUCAAAGUACAUAAACUGAAGAUCAAACCUACUUUUUCAUCUAAUCUUAAUCAAAAAAUCCUAAUUAUUUCUCAGCAAUGGCUCCCAACAAUGGGAGUUGGUUAGUGCUGAGUAUUUCUAUGAUGCUACUCACCCAUGGUAUGAUCAUCAUAGCAAAAGAUCAAGCUAUCCAUCAUGAUGAUGAUGAUGAUCAUGAUGAUAUGCUUAUUAAUGAUCAUCAGAUGAUUAAUGAUGAUGAUCCAUAUAGAACAGCUUAUCAUUUUCAGUCACCUAAAAAUUGGAUGAAUGAUCCUAAUGGACCUAUGAUAUACAAGGGAAUUUAUCACCUAUUUUACCAAUACUAUCCUUAUGAUCCUGUAUGGCACACUGAAAUAGUAUGGGGACACUCCACAUCAACUGAUCUAAUCAAUUGGACACAACAACCAAUUGCUCUUUCACCAUCAGAACCUUACGAUAUUAACGGAUGUUGGUCAGGAUCUAUAACCAUACUCCCACAAAACAAACCUGUUAUCCUAUACACAGGUAUUAACAACAAAAAUUACCAAGUUCAAAAUCUAGCCUUACCCAAAAAUUUAUCUGACCCUUAUCUUAAAGAAUGGAUUAAGUUACCUGAAAAUCCAUUAAUGACUGGAACACCCACUAAUAACAACAACAACAACAACAUAAAUGCUUCUUCUUUUAGAGACCCAUCUACUGCAUGGCAAUUAUCAGAUGGUAAAUGGAGAGUUAUAGUUGGUACACAACAAGAAAAACGUGGAUUAGCUGUUCUUUUCACAAGUGAUGAUUUUGUUAAGUGGAACAAUACUGGAAAUCCUCUGCAUUCAACUGAAGGUAAUGGAAUUUGGGAGUGUCCGGAUUUUUUUCCUGUUUAUGUAGGAAAGUCAUUAGGUGCAGAUACAUCUAUUAUUGGUGAUGAUGUUAAACAUGUCCUUAAAUUAAGUUUGUUUGAUACUCAAUAUGAGUAUUACACUAUUGGGAGGUAUGACAUUGAGAAGGAUAUAUAUGUACCAGAUGAAGGAUCAAUUGAAAGUGAUUUAGGUUUAAGAUAUGAUUAUGGUAAGUUUUAUGCAUCGAAAUCGUUCUUCGAUGAUGAGACUAAUCGAAGAAUACUAUGGGGGUGGGUUAAUGAAUCUUCUACUCAAGCAGAUGAUAUCAAAAAGGGCUGGUCCGGAGUUCAGGCAAUUCCAAGAACAGUUGUGCUAGAUAAAAGUGGCAAACAAUUGGUGCAAUGGCCACUCGCGGAAGUUGAUAUGCUACGCGAAAAUGAUGUAGAGUUGCCUUCUCAAGUGAUUAAAGGAGGAUCACUCGUCGAAAUAUCUGAAAUCACAGCUUCUCAGGCGGAUGUAGAAAUUUCAUUCAAAAUACCAGAAUCAAACUAUGUUGAGGAAUUGGACUCAACAUGGACCAACCCACAAAUAUUGUGCAGCCAGAAGGGAGCAUCUAUUAAAGGAAGAUUUGGACCAUUUGGACUGCUAACUCUAGCUUCCAUGGGAUUAGAAGAGUAUACUGCAGUAUUUUUCAGAAUUUUCAAGGGUCCAAACAAGUAUGUGGUCUUAAUGUGCAGUGACCAAACCAAGUCUUCUCUAAACCCAACCACUGAUAAACUAAGUUUUGGAACUUUUGUGGAUGUGGAUCCAAUUAAUGAAGAUUUAUCUUUGAGGAUUUUGAUUGAUCAUUCCAUAGUGGAAAGCUUCAGUGCCAAGGGAAAAAGUUGCAUUACUGCUAGAGUUUAUCCUACUAUGGCAAUUAAUGACAAAGCAAAGUUGUAUGUGUUCAACAAUGGAACAGAAGAUGUUAAGAUUACUAAUAUCAGAGCUUGGAGCAUGAAGAAGGCUCAAAUCAACCUCUCAACAGAUAAUACUUCUAAUAUGACAUAUUAACAUGGUUGAGAAAGAGGAGUUAUGACAAAUCUUAUGCUAGUCUAAUCUGAUGAUGGUGUAGUGGAGCAUAUGUUUUAGUGACUUGAUUUUAUGUUGAAUAAGUGAAUUCUUUAGAUGUAAGCAUCAAUUUUGAUUUAUAUCAUGUGUCCCAAAUUAGUUGCUGCGUAA